UAUGAUUGGUGCGUUGAACUCAGCUGGUGGGCCCAGGCGACUCAUACUCCUCCCCUUCUCUCUUUCCUUUCCUGGUUCUACAGUCUUUUAGAACAGCAAUUAAUUAAUUGGAAGUGAAAAACGGACGAGGUGAUGACGGCCGCGGAUGCGACGACGUCGUCUUCACCGUCGAUGACUGCAACGAUCCCGUCAAACCUCCCUCUCAUCGCUGCGUUCCUCGCCUGCGCUCUCGCUCAGUUCCUCAAGCUCUUCACCUCCUGGUACAAAGAAAGGAGAUGGGAUUCGAAGCGAAUGCUCGAUUCCGGCGGAAUGCCGUCGUCGCAUUCGGCCACAGUGACGGCUCUGGCGGUCGCCAUUGGCCUUCAAGAUGGCGUCGGAGGACCCGCUUUCGCCAUUGCUCUGGUCUUAGCAUGCAUUGUGAUGUAUGAUGCCUCCGGAGUGAGACUUCAUGCUGGUCGGCAAGCCGAGUUGCUGAACCAAAUUGUGUACGAGCUUCCUCCAGAGCAUCCUUUGUCCAGUGUUAGACCUCUGCGCGAUUCACUUGGACAUACUCCCUUGCAGGUUGUUGCUGGUGCCGUGUUGGGAUGCAUAGUGGCAUAUCUAAUGAGUAACAGCAAAUAAGAUAUCUUAUGACCGAUACCUGAUUCUUUGAGCUUCAUACUGAUUAGCCGUUGACUAGAGGCCGUAGUUUUGGCAUGGGCAAGGGCAGUGAAAGAGCUGAUGUAGGAUGAGUUCCUAAUUGUUGAAAGCAUGUAAAGGUGUUUACAGAAUAGGGGCCUCCACCUAGAUGCUGGGGUGGGGGACUAUUUUUUUGAUGGAUUUGAACAUUGUUGCUGUGUAUACAGAAGUUACCUUCACUUAAUAAAAGACAACCCUUUGUGAAA